AUGGCCACAUGCGCCACCGUCUUAACUCUCUUCUGCAUUAUCAUAUCAAUCUCCGGCACCAUCGCCGGCCGCGGCAACACCACCGCUGCCUCACCAACCCCUGCCCCUGCUCCCGCCCCAUCCAACGGCGGCGAGUCGUUCGUAGUACAAGGAAAGGUUUAUUGCGAUCCGUGCCGGAUUCAAUUUCCGACGAAAAUCAGCUAUCCUGUUCCAAACACAAAAGUAAUCCUGUCUUGCCGUGAACGUGAGAACGACGCAGAAACUUUCACCGUGGAAGGAACCUGCGAUUCUAACGGCAUGUACAGCAUCACCGCCAGCGGCGACCACGAGGAGGAGAUUUGUGACGUCAGAGUGACGGAAAGCCCCGAUAAGAAGUGUCCGGAGGUGAUGGACGAUGAGAGCAGCUCUAGGGUUUCGUUAACCGAUAAAAAUGGAGUUAGAGGUAAGACUCGAAUGGCGAAUCCGAUUGGAUUCAUGGUGAAGGAAGUCGAUCCCCGCUGCAAAGAUAUUCUCGCCGAGAUUGGUAUCAUGGGAUAUUAA